GAAUUAAACAGUCGGCACUUAGAUCCCGUGGAGGUGUUUCGCGGGAUACCGUACGCCGCGCCUCCGGUGGGAGAUUUAAGGUUUCGACCCCCCAUCUCGCCGAUACCUUGGAACGGCGUCAAGCUGGCGGAGACUUUCGGCGCGGUGUGCCCGCAGAAUUAUCCGGACCUCGCCAAUAGCACCGCCGCUCUCUUGCAGAUGCCGCAAGGCAGGUAUCAGCAGCUCAAGAAGAUGGUCGUCUUUCUGGCGAACCAGAGCGAGGACUGCCUCUUCCUCAAUCUGUACAUACCCGGAAGCGGAUCUCGAGGACUGGAGGCGCCAUACGCGGUGAUGGUGUACGUACACGGCGAAAGUUUCGAAUGGGGAUCGGGUAACUUGUACGAUGGAUCGGUUUUGGCGAGCGCCGGCCACGUCAUAGUGAUCACGCUCAACUAUCGUCUCGGCAUCUUAGGAUUCUUGAGGACUCGUCCGUUCGCCGACCGAACGACCGGAUCCGGCGGGAAUCUUGCUUUAAAGGACAUCGCGAUGGGGCUCCGCUGGGUGCGCGAGAACAUCGGCGCCUUCGGCGGCGAUCCGACGCGGGUGACCCUGAUGGGCCACGACACCGGAGCGGCGCUGGUUAAUCUGCUGCUGCUCGCGCCUUACAGCAAAGGAUUAUUUCAUCGUGUGGUAUUAUCCAGCGGUUCGGCACUAAGCCCCUGGGCCUCGGUGCACGAUCCGAACGACCUCAGGGCGAAGAUCGGCGAGCAGAUGGGCUGCUCGACCGAGGGCGAGGAGGACAUAGCCGACUGCCUGCGUGGAGUACCGCUCAAGACCCUCAUGGACGUGCAAUUACCGGAAAUCAGAUUCGUGCCCCGCAUCGGGCCCGGCCUGCCGGUGGACCAAAACAAUCCCGACCCGGGCCUGGACAUGGAGCGCGCGAGCGACGCGUUCAUCAAGGUGCCGCUGAUCCUGGGCGUCUCCACGACCGAGUCGAAUCUCGACUUCAACAACAACGACAUACAGUUCGGCUUCGAGGAGGACCACCGGAAUCGCAUCCUGCGCACCUUCAUCCGCAACGCCUACGUCUACCAUCUGAACGAGAUCUUCUCGGCGGUGAGGAACGAGUACACGGACUGGGAUAAGCCGGUGCUGCACCCCAUCAUAAUACGGGACUCGACCAUGGAGGCGUUGAGCGAUGGCCACACGGUCGCGCCGCUCAUGAGAAUUGCCUUCUACCACGCCAGACGGGGCGCCAAGACGUACUUUUAUCACUUCAAUCAUCAGUCCAAGGACAGCGGCUACGUGCAGCGCCUGGGGAGCGUACGUGGGGAAGACAUACCGUAUAUUUUCGGGCUGCCGCUGGUGGCAGGCGGGGCUUUCUUCCCGCGGAAUUAUUCCCGACAAGACCAGGGCGUUGCGGAGGCCGUGCUCACCUUCUUCACCAAUUUCGCCAAGACCGGCAACCCGAACGAGCCGCACAAGAUCGAGUCGGUCGACUACGGCACGCCGAAGGAGAAGACGCGAUUCCGCGGUCUCACAUGGGAACAAUAUGAGACAGGAACUCAGCAGUAUCUCACGAUAGCAUUGAAACCGAAGAUGAAGAGCCAUUAUCGCGGUCAUAAAAUGGCCGUGUGGCUUAACUUGAUACCGCAGCUCCAUCGUCCCGGCGACGACGACGUUUCCAUGCGACAUCAUCACUUCCGAGAACGAGGCGAUCAUUAUUACGCAGGACCGGUUCGGGACGAAUGGUAUACGCCGCUGCCGCUGACAGGCACGACUCGGACGAGCUCGUCCUCGACCACCGCCUGCAGCACGUCCACGGCGGGCGAGGACAGCCUCAUCGAGGACAUCACUCCGAUUCUGGACGAUUCCGAGGACGACGCCGAGCUGCUGCAGCGACUGGCGUCCCGUCAUUACUACAGCACGACCACUGCCCUGGGGAUCACCGUGGGCGUCGGCUGCAUCCUCCUGGUCCUGAACAUGCUGAUCUUCGCCGGCAUCUAUUAUCAGCGGGAUCGCGACAAGAAACGCGCCGCAAUGGACUGCAGGCCGAACGGUCAGGAGUCCCUGCCGAUGACCACCAGGACGUCCAUGAAACCCUCUGAGAAUCCGCGACCCGCUCAAGAGCCGCCCCCGUCGUACACGACCCUCGCGAGAAGCCCCUCCGUCCAGGAUCAGCAGCAGCAGCUCGCGCAGUCCCCGGACGGCCAGGACUGCGAGCAGAAUAGGAAAGACCCGAGAUCCGGCCACGGGACCAGCGGCAACGCCCACAAGGACGCGAUCCCACCGAAACCGCCCGCCAGGACCACCAGUUCGCUCACCACUGCCGGCAGCACCAACACCAUCAAGAAACGCGUGCAGAUACAAGAGAUAUCCGUAUAGCAUUAGGGGUUGCCCCCGGAGGGCAACGCGCGGACGAAGAGGGUGACCUUCGUGGACGCGGAGAGGGCCACCACGGAGUCCAGAUUUUGAACGAUGUUCCCCCUUAAUCGAAUCGUUGGACAGUGCCGAUUAAGCGUAACUCGAAUUCAGCAGGCGAAAAAGGGCUUUGUAAUAGAUGUUUUACAAGUGUGCAUUGCGCGUGAAUUGUGGCGUCGAAUAAUCAAUGUACGGUCGGCACGGCGUGUCCAAUUAUAGUUGAACGUUACUAAAAACGGCCGAUUAUCGCCGACUGUUACUACUUGCGGCGCGGUGCCGUGGCUAACUAUAACGCGGUCGCGCUACUGAACUGUUAUUACUGCCGGAUUGCGCCUGACUGUUACCACUUUAAGAAAACUUUGCGACCAGUUCUUUCUACGAACUGUAAGAUUGCGCGUGGUCGUUAUUUCUAAUAGAGUACGUGGAUUGUACGUAGUUGCUACUUAUAAAGAGACGAGAUAUUCUCUUGAUGGUUUUAAAGAAAGUGAUUGCUAAAGUACUUAUCAUAACUCGUGGCUAUGUUACGUAAUAUAUCGGGUGCUCAAAAAGUAUUUUAUUCAAAGGACAUUAUUCGCAAUUGAAGAUAUCGAUACGAUAUGCAUCCUAGCCAUUUAAUUCAUCGGAAUAAACCCUGAUUCUCUCGGAGACCGUGGCAAAUAGGUGGCCUUAAUUAAGUAUCACUACACAACAUAAAGGAAACGUAUCGAUGUCUUCGAUGUCACAGAAAAACGGGCGCCUGACGAGGAAUUAUUGUGACGAAACGUAUAAUGAAAUUCUCACUCUAAAAAGCUCCAAAUCGAAUUCUCUGUUAAAAAGCAAUUAUACGUAUAAGAAUACCGUGUGGCGGAUCGUUACACGGUAAUCGACAACGACGACGACGAUCUAAGAGGAUCUCGAAACGGGAAUCGGAAUACCAAAGCCAACGAUCGCAUACCAUCGUCUCGACGAUUGCUUUGUAAAGCAUCGAUUGGGAGGAAGGAAGAGGCACUCGACGCGAAGCGCGGAUCAAACGGAUCGGGCGCGUUCGUUAUUCGCAAAUGAAACGAAUACGGUGUAUACGAAAGCCGUCGGUACCUAUCAGGUGAAGGUGCGCACUCGUCGUUUCCGCCCUUGCGACAUACAGAGUUAGCCACGUUCUUCGAAACGUGUAAUUCCGAUCCUGCCGAGGAGAACGGCUUAAUAGCGCUCGCGAAGUUUAUUCGGGCGGAAAGCGUAAUUCUCCAACUGCGUUACCUGUCGCACAAGUGCACAAUCACGAGUGCAUUCGACGGUGGAAAGCCGUGUAAGGGCUACGACCGAGCAGCGCGACGACUUUCGAGAGGGCGGACUCGACCUUCCGCUGAGUGUUCUUCUCGUAGAGAAUAGUCCGACAGAGUCAUAAGUAUUGUACCGCCACCCGCCACGAAAUCACGGCUAAAACUUCCCGUCUGAUAAUAUACACACACACUUCCUCUCGCGUUUCUCGCCCGCGAGCCUCGAGACCUCGCAAUUGGCAACGCAUCUUGUAUAUUCUUCUCCACUUUCAAAACAAUGUACGAGUACUUGACAGUAUUAACAUCAAGGAAAAAAUUAAGCAUUAAGUGUAUCUAUAUUUUUAUUUAAAAUAUUUGAAUGUUAUACUACAAGAAUUAAGUCUUUUCACCUUCGUGGAUAGCGGCGUAAUUUUUAGUAAUUACAAAUUAAAGUUAUUUAUGUGUAACGAAGAGAUGAAAAUGUUGAUGAACCUGCUUGAUGACACUUCGAUUCUAUUGAGCCAAAAUUUAUGGAAUAAUAUUGAUAUAAUUCCUUCCUACUGCCUUUUUUAAAAUUGAGAUCAUUGCCAAGGUCAAAUAUCUGCUCGUAAAAAAAAAAACGUAACGAUAAAAGAAAAAGGAGUAAUUUCUCUUAAAGUAGGACUAAAGCUAUCGACUUGUAUAGAACUCUCUUUCUCUCUUCCACGACCAAGUAUCCUAAGACGUGAUCGCGCCCGUGUUUGCAGAGAUACAUUUUGUCUUUGUAGAGAGUUCUUAAUCCCGAAUUAAUAUUCAUGACCUGAGAUCGCUGAGACCGCUAGACUCCACACAGAUACCAAGUUUCGAAAGUCAUCCUCGUCAUUGUGUGCAACUAAAUCGGUCCGCGCGAGAAAAUGAGAUGAGCUUCUCAGGAUACAAUGGAAUGCGAUAAUUGAUGAUGAAAUCAGGCACAGCAAUAUGAAAAUGAAAAGCGGGACAAACAUUGUAGACACGACCACUGAUAGAUUUUUACAUGCUAAAGAAACGUUUCUAUCACGUUUAUAUCUUGAUUCUACAGAUUGUAAGAAGUUUAUUCUUACGUAACAAUUAACAGGUAACACUUGCGAGAACUGAAUUUUCCAACAAUUUAACUGUUAUCCUAGAAGAAGAAAAAGACCUCGAAAACUUUUUCCACCUAUAGAAUGAGUUUCAAAAUCAUUAAAUAUUGAGACUGUCUAAAAAAAAAAAAUAAGAUUCAUCUAACUGAUUACGUACGACUCCUCGGCACAUGAAACUAUACAUAUGUAUCAAUAUGA